AUGAAAGCUGACAUCCUAUUUAUAGUGAAUCCUCAAGUAGAUGCACAGCGUCGUCAGCAGCAUCUUCUGCAGCAACGCCAAUUGCAGCAACAGCAACAGCAACAGCAGUUGAUGCAGCAACAGCAACAGAACGGCGGAAUGCCCACCAACCAGAUGGGUCAUCAAUUCUUUCAAGCAAACCCCGCAAUGCCAAAUCUUCCACCUCAUCUCCGACAGCAGGCGCAGCAGGCGACACAUUUACAACAACAACAAGCAGCCGCUGCCCAAAUGCGUGCACAUCACCAGCAGCAACAAGCUGCUCAGAUACAUGCUCAGCAACAGCAGCAACAAGCUGCCCAGCAGCAGGCAGCUCAACAGCAACAGCAAGCUCAACAGCAGCAGCAAGCUCAACAGCAGCAGCAAGCUCAACAGCAGCAGCAAGCUCAACAGCAGCAGCAAGCUCAACAGCAGCAGCAGCAGCAGCAGCAGCAGCAGCAGCAGCAGCAACAACAGCAAAAUGCCCAGCAAAACGCCCAGCAGCAACAGCAGCAACAUCAAGCACAGCAGCAACAGCAACAGCAACAACAAGCCCAGCGUCAGCAAGCUCUUGCUGCUCAACAGGCUCAACAGGCUGCCUUGCAACAACAAGCUGUCACCCAAGCAGGUACUCCGCAGCCGACGCCCCAGCCACAAAUGCCCACACCGCAGAGCCAAGGAGGACAAGAUACCCAAGCUCGGGAGCAUGCCCAGCAGCAAGUGCAGUUGGCUCAACAGCAACAAAACCAAGGACAUCCGCAAAUACAACAGCAACAGGCUCAGCAGCAGCAGCAAGCUACGCAACAGCAACCGCAACCCCAGGGCCAGCAAGCAAAUGUCCAGCCAAAUCAGUCCCAGCAACACCAGCAAUCUCAGCAAGGCCAACAACAACCCCAAAACCAGCAGCAGACGCAGCAGCAGCGACAAGCGCAACAAGCUCAGCAACAGCAAGUGCAGCAGCAGCAGGUGGCGGCAAUGAAUCAACGAAUAAUGCAAAACAGGAUGCAACAAAACAGACCCCACUGCAGCACAUUGCUUCGCAACUUUGGUGAUCUCCUCAGCCAAGCAUAUGACCAAGGCAGGACGAAGGAUAUCACCUACUGGCAGGCUUUCACCGAUCAAUUCUUCGCGGACGAGGGGACAUUCCGUAUGGGUUAUUGGGGGUCCCUUAUACAAGAACAUAAACAUUUCGAGCUGCCAUACGCCACGAUCCCUCGUUACCUCUUGACACACUUCACGAGUGGUAUCAGCCAUAUACAGCUGCAUUUCGAGUCGCCGCGAGAGAGAGGAUCCCAGAACGGUGGUCGCGUGGCUGAGAGUCAAAGAGCCUCUAUGACUUAUUACUUCGAUAACGGACAUCAGCUUGUUUCCAAUGGAAUGCUACGCGCGCAGUUCAACAGCGAAGAUCAACUUGACAUGCUCGAAAUGGUCGUAAGCGAAUAUUCCGAAUAUGUGCCGCGCUCAGGACUCGAGCAAAAUCAGACUGAACCGCCCGACAUCAAGCAGUCACCAUCAAUGAGCAAGACCGCAGGCAAACGAGCACAGCAAAAGCAGCAAGCUGCUGCCAGCCGACCUCAGCAGCCGGUCGCUCCAGUGCCCAAAUCGGCUGUCAACGAUUACGGCACUUUAAAUUCUGUUAUCGAAGUCUGUGAGCUCGUUGACACUAUGUCCACUAUGAACGAUGUCUUCAAGUUCUCGCAGAAGAACGGCGCCAACAUCCCAGCGUCAGACGCCCUACGCAUCGUUUGUACAAAUUCGCAAUUUGCCAAUCCACAGAUGCCUCAGCAAGUGCAACAGCAGCCAUUUAAUCCUAAUUUGCCUCCGCACAUGCAAGGCCAAGGACCACCUCAAUUUGGCGGUGCGCCACCCAACCAUUUCCUAUCUCCUGCACAUCCUAAUCACCCCAAUCUUCCAGGCACCCAAACGGCAUCGCCUGCGACUCUCUCGAAUCACAACACCCCCGCGAUGCAAAACAUGCAUCUUCAGAGCCAGCAGGGACAACCCGGCCCUGGUGUAAUGGCUGCUCCUACAGGCAUACCAAUGUCGCAUCAAGCAUCACUUCAGGGCACCAACCCAAGCGCAGCAGGUACGCCAUCUGCUCCUGCAGGUUCCGCCAAUGCUAGUCCGAAUGUCGCCGCCGGCAAGCGAAGGCGACCAAGUGGUGUCAAUGAGGAUGAGAUCAACGCUCCAACGGUGAACGGUGUUGGAACGGCUAAAGUCAAGCAAAGCCCCAGGCCUGGCGGUGGAAAGAAGGGAAGGCCUAAUGGUUAG